AUGUCUUCGAAUACAACUACACUAUUUUUCUGGCAUAGUGCUGCUGCCACAACAAAUGCCACAUCAUCUGCUGCAGGCGCAGGCGGUCUCAUUGCUGGUGGUGGUAGUGGCGGCGGUGGUUAUUGUUCAAAUUGUGGUGUAGCCUGUAAUGUAUUACACAAUUCACCACAUGGUAAAAUGUGUUUCAGUUGUCAUCAUCACUGGAGACGCACUGGCAAUAAACGUCCCACAUCUGGACCAUUUUUUGGCAAAAGAUCUCGUGAUCGUAAUGCAGAUCGUCACAAACGUAAACCACCACGUGGCAUGUAUAUAAAUCAUGAUGAUAUUGUGGCCUUGGCCAGUGCCAAUGAUAAUCAAGAUGAGCUAUUGGCAAAUAUAGAUCGUGAAAUUGUAUCCCUUUUGAGUCAAGUACAAUUGAAUAAGCAGAAUAUCUCAGCGUUGAAACGUAAAAAUUCCGACAAUUUGGAAGAUAUACGUCCAACGGAAAAUGCAAAUCGUGUUAACGCUCGUUGGACAAAUGAUGAAAUUCUAUUGGCCGUCAAUGGUGUACGUAAAUAUGGUAAAGAUUUUCAGGCCAUAGCCGAAACUUUGGGUACCAAAACUGAAGCAAAUGUUCGUACAUUUUAUAUAAAUAAUCGACGUCGUUACAAUUUGGAUCAAUUGAUAAAGAAACAUGAAGCCGAGAAGGAAGCUAAUGCUGUUGCUGCGGGUAGUGUUACUUCCAGCUCGACGACACCACCAAAUGUAACAUCGUCUGCUAGUUCCACCAUUACAUCUACAUCUUCAGCAUCGUCGAAUGCCAAUACAGCCACAGCUGCUGGUUUGGAUGCUGCUGUGAGCAGUAAUACUUUGUCGUCUACAACCAUAAAAGACGAAGUAACACAAAUUUCGUCAAAGAAAACAAAUGUACCGCAAAGCAUUGUCGAUGAAUCGGAUAACACUACCUCAAGUGAGACGGCCAUAUCGAAAUCGACGAUUUCCACAAUUACCACAUCGGAUGAUCGAAAAUGUGAGAGUAGUUUAAGUAUUGGCAAUAAGGAUAAUGUCAUUAUGGAGAUUGAUUUAGAUGCCGAUCAACCUGAAGUUGUGCCACAGCCACCACCAGCCAAAAAGAUGGCAUUAAGUAUUUCUAAUCAGGAAUUUCCCAAAUCCAGUCCUGUAUAA